GUCCAGCGGUUGUUUCUAUGACUGCGUUACGUUAUGUCCGAUGCCGAAGUUUGUGAUUCAGUUGGAAAAGAUAUUCAGAAGGAAAUAUCAGACAAACUUUCUGCUGCAAAAGAAUGGGGGAGUUAUUUAUUUUCAAAAGCCGUGAAGUCCAGUGAGGAAGCGGUUAAAAAACUUAGUGAUCGAAUAGAUUUAACCGAAAUCAAAUCAGUUGUAAAUGAUGUAACAGCUUCUGUCAAACAGGUCCCACUCAUACGUGAGUUUGAAAAAGCUCAAGCUGACUUUGCUGUAACAUCUCAAAAUAAGAAUGAAGAAGCAAUUCGUUUUCGUUCAUCAUCUCAAUCUGAACUUCCACCAUGGCAUCCCGAUAUAUGCGGAUUAAGUGAUUGUGAUGCUCUAUCUUCACUGAAAGAACAAAUCCUAGCUUUAAGUCAAAAUCCGAAUAACUUUCUUAUUUCUCCUCCUGAAGAAGCUCAGCUCGAAUGGACAUCACCAAUACCUGACAAUUUAUUACGUGAAGCUCAAAUCCUUUUAAAAGAAGAUCCUAAUUUAGGUUCUAUAAGGUAUCGACUUGUCCCUAGCAAAAUUAGUGAAGAGAUAUUUUGGAGAAAUUAUUUCUAUCGUCUAUCCUUAAUACAACAAUCUGCUAGCCUCUCCGCUGUUAUGGACGAUGCUCAUCAACCAAACAUGGGUAAUAAUGGUGGUAUUACAAAUGAUAACAAUGUUUCUGACACUGAUUUUGUAUGCGUUGAACAAAAUCCUAUUUGGUCUAAAAUGAAUACAAAUCUUAAAGAAAAGGAAAAAUCUAAUGAAGUUUCAAAUAAUAAUAAUCGUAAAGCAAAUAAUUCUUCUAUGAAAUCAAAAAUAACAUCAGAUAAAUCUUUAAAUACUUCAAGAUCUAAAGAGAAAUCUAAAAUGAAUUCAAUAAACAUCUCAAAAUGUUCACCAACUUCUAUUUUAAACAAUUCACAAAAUAAUGAUAAUUCUUCUCAUAGUUCUUCUACUAAAACAUUGGAAGAACAAUUAGAAGAAGAGAUUGCUCGUGAAGUGGAUGAACUUGUUUUAACUAAAUCAGAGAAUAAUUCUAUUCAUCCAAUUAAUAAUAAUAAUAAUAACAAUGAUGAUGAUCUAUCUGUAACAGAUGAAAUUGAUGAAGAAUUAGAAUUGGAAAUAUUAGCUGAAUUAGAAGGUGGUAAUAAUACGGUCGGUCAUUCCACUAGUUGUAAUGUUGAUGAUAGUGUCAAAGAAGCGAAUAGUUAAUGCAAGAGAAAAAGAAUGUUAGACAAAGACAAAAAAACAAAACAAAAAUUCAUUGAAAGUACACUUUUGAUUCUUUUCUUUUUAUGCCAUUAAAAAUUUAAAAUACAAUAAAAAGUGUUUCUUUCUUUUGUAUGACACGCCGUAGUUAUCUUUGAUAUAUACAUUAUUGUUUCUUUUUAUUUCGCAAGUAAUUUCCCUCUCCCCCCUUUUUUUGGCAAAUUAAAAGAACCACUGACCACCUGAUUAUAAUUGAUAAUGUUGUGUAGUUGCGUUGUUUGUUUCUCUUUUAAUUUUUGUCCAUAGUGUAUGUGGUGUAUUCACCACUUUCCUUUUCACACUUUUUGUUCACAUAUCAAUUAGUGAUCACUAUAUUAUUAUCAUUAUUAUAAUGCUUGUUUAUUUGAUCUUUUUUCCUUCAAAUUUUUAAUUCUUAAAAUGCUUUUCACUGUAUUGGAAGGUUUAAUUAUUUAUUUUCACUAAUGAUGUAAUAAAGUUGCUUUACAUAACCAAUUUUAUAUACAC